UCUCACGUUGUCAUCACUAGCGGUUGCUCCCAUCUCUAAUGGCCAGUUGGUCAGCUGAUGAAUGUUUGUGUGGGAGCGGCCUACGGAAUUCUAGCCAAACAAAGCCACGGAAUAGAACACUAAGAUGAGCAAUGAUAGCCCGAAUAUAGUAUUCAAUCCCCUGAUCAGCUGCAUCCAGAAGGUUGUGCUCUACGAGACGCGAGCGCGACUUUAUUUGGUGGGCAGCAACAACCGGGAGACCCGUUUCCGCCUGCUCACCAUAGACCGAUUGGCCCACAACCGACUGAGCAUCGAAGAGAAUGCCAACGAAUUCAACAGCCUGGAGAUCCGGCGCUUUGUGGCCUCCCUCACAGGUUCACCCAAGGUGACAUCCGCCUACGGAGUCCUGGGAUUCGUGCGCUUCCUCGAGGGCUACUACUUGCUGCUGGUGACGAAGCGCAAGUGCUGUGCCCACAUCGGCCGCCACCUAGUCUACACCAUCAAGGACACGGUGAUGGUGCGCGUUAACGAGGUGACCUCCCAGCGACCACCGCAUCCGCAUGAGGAUCGCUACAAGCGGAUGUUCCAGAACAUCGAUCUGCGCAGCAACUUCUAUUUCUCCUACUCUUAUGAUCUGACCCGCACGCUGCAGUACAAUGAGUCGGCUCCUCGUUUCGUGGGUGCCAAGGUGGACUUGGAUAGGGAUGAACCCCUUCCGGACUGGAACACCCUGACCAACAAUGUGGCCAAGGCACACGAGCGGGUGGAUUACGCCUUUCGUAGCGAUUCACGCAAGCGUUUCGUGUGGAACGCCUACCUGCUGCAGCCCAUGGAGGGCAUCAUGCUGAAGGACUGGCUGCUGGAGGUCACACAUGGCUUCGUCAGCCAAUCCUGCAUCAGCAUCUUCGGGCGGCACGUUAACGUCUGCUUGGUGGCCCGUCGAAGUUCCCGCUUUGCCGGCACACGGUUUCUUAAGCGCGGAGCUAACUUUCAAGGCGACGUGGCCAACGAGGUGGAGACGGAGCAGAUCGUCAGCGAUGGGCAAAGGAUGUGCGCGUUUACCCAGAUGCGGGGUUCCAUUCCGUCGCACUGGUCUCAGGAUAUCAGUAAGAUGGUGCCCAAACCGCAGAUUCAGCUAGACAUAUGCGAUCCAUAUGCACAGACGCCAUCGCUCCACUUCGAACGCCUGCUCUUUCACUACGGUGCACCGCUAAUAAUGCUGAAUCUGGUAAAGAAGCGGGAGCGGCGCAAGCACGAGUCGAUCAUCUCCAAGGAGCUGGAGUACAGCAUUCGCUAUCUCAACCAGUUCCUUCCGCCGGCCCACCGCAUGAAGCACAUCCACUUCGACAUGGCGCGGCAGAGUCGCCUGAGUGGCGGUAAUGUCAUGGAGCAACUGGCCAUACACGCUGAAAGCAUUGUCCAAAUGACGGGCAUGUUCUUCAAGGCGGCGGGCAGUGAGCCGGGCUUGCAGACCGGAAUCGUACGCACAAAUUGUGUGGACUGCCUGGAUCGCACCAAUUCCGCGCAGUUUGCCAUUGGAAAGUGCGCUUUGGGUCAUCAACUGGAGCGUCUGGGCUUUGUCAAGUCCGCCAAGCUGGAGUUCGACUCGGAUUGCGUGACAAUGCUGGAGAACCUUUAUGAGGAGCACGGCGACACUCUGGCCCUGCAGUACGGUGGCUCGCAACUGGUGCACAGGAUCAAGACCUACCGGAAGACGGCUCCCUGGGGCUCUCAGGGCAGCGAUGUGAUGCAGACCCUCAGUCGCUACUACAGUAAUACGUUCAGCGACACCGAAAAGCAGCAUAGUAUUAAUCUAUUUUUGGGCAUUUAUAAGCCCAGUCUUACUAAGCAGGGUCAACCUAUCUGGGAGCUGCAGACAGACUACGACAUGCACAAUGCCUUCGUGCCCAGAACGGACAGCAAACCACUAACAGACUGGGUGCGCCACAAGGUUCGUGAGUGCCUGCCCCACUCGUGCGCCGACUCCAACAAACUGGUCAGGGAGCUGUUUCGUGUGCACAGCAGUGGCCUGGAAAUGAUCGAUGCCUACUCCAACUACCACCAGUCGUUCAAGUGGACUGACCUCAGCGAGCACAUCGCUUUCGAGAUCAGUCAACUGGCACUGCGAUAUAUGCCCACAUUCCGCACGAACUACAGUCCAUUCCAGCGGCAGAUCCAGACCUCGCGAAAGGCCCGUCAGAAUCCCUCGAUGACCGGACAGAGUUCCACGGGUUCCAUGAACAGCAACUCCUCCAGUUCCAGCGAGGGCGAUGACAGCUCCAGCGAUGAGGAAUUGAGUGCCAGUUUUGCGGAAAAGGAGGCCAACCAGACGGAAUCAACGGAACCGGCCGCCCUUACGCUGGCUUCGGGACUUCCCUCGAUGGAGGAAAUCUACGGGGUCACUAUCAGUCCGCCCUCCAAGCAGAGUAUGGCCAUAUACAAGAAGUAUGUCCAGAUGGGCAAGCUGUCCAGUGGGGGCGCCAGACCCGCCCAGACAGCAGUGGCUCAGCGGGAUCAGGAGCUGGCCAAGAUCAUGAGAGGCAUUACGCUGCGUCCGCUCAGCGACUACGGCACUGACUCCUAUCUCAGCGUGCGUCCGCCAGUCGUUUCUCAACAGAGUCAGCUCAUCUAUGCCGAGUACUGCCGCACUAGGAGCACCUUUAACGCCGUGCCCAAGUUGGAGGAAUUCAAUGUACUCUAUCAAUAUGUGCAAAAGCUAUAGAUUAAUCUCAUUGAUUUUUACUGUUAUCAGUUACUGUUC